AUGUCGGACUUACCCCACGAUACGCCUUCCGAUUUCGAAUCUGCAUCACAAAUGGAUUUGACCUCAACUCCAUGCGGAAUCUGCGGUCCGUCGACUUGUGGCGAACAAAUGAUUGGUUGCGACGGUUGUUUAAAAUGGUUCCACACUCGUUGCGUGGGAGUAAAGGAGGAUUCAAUUCCGGAUAAGUGGUACUGCCAAAGCAAAGCCUGCCGGAAACAGGCCCAGGAGUACCAACAGAAGCGGAAGGAUGCCAAAAGGCGCGAAUCUGAUAAAUCCAGUGUAGGUACGCUAGCAGGUACUUCCAGCGUGGAACAAAGACUGAAAGCGUUGGAGGAAAAGCAGAAGCGACAGACUGAGAUGAUGCUGCAGCAGAAGGAGAGAAUGAUGCAGCGCGCAUUCGAAAGGAAGAAAAUGGAGAUGGAGAUGAGAAGGCGUGAAGAAGACGAAGAAGAAGAAAAGGCGUGGCAGGUGGAGAUGCUGCAGCGAAAGAAGGCGCAGAUCGAGCGAAUGAAGGCGAAUCGUCAGGCAUUUGAAAAUAAAAUGGCCGAGCUGGACGAUGAGCUGAAAGCAUUGGCGGUCAUGAAAGGUGCGUCGAAAACAGAUGACUACAGCUCGCAAGCGCAUUGUUCCUCUAGAGUCGGCAAGAUGUGCGAAGACGAGAGCGAUUCCGACAACUAUUCCGACCACCAGAGUCAAUACUCCCGACGACUGUCAGACAAGAAAGAGAACAAUACUCCACCAACUUCACCGAGAAUGAAGGAGAAGGUCGUAGAGGAUAGCCAAUAUGGACUGAAGCAGGCGCAAACUAGACCUACAAAGGCCCAGAUGGCCGCGAGGAAGGGAUUGACAACAAAACUUCCCAAGUUCUCCGGUAAGCCCAAACAGUGGCCGUUGUUCUAUGCGUCGUAUAAAGCGUCCAACGAAACCUGCGGGUACAUGAACCACGAAAACUUGGUGCGACUUCAGGAGUGUCUGGAAGGAAGAGCCUUGGAGCUAGUAUCCGGUCAGUUGUUGCUUCCUGAAUCGGUCCCAAGAGUUAUUGAAAAACUGCAUAGACACUAUGGUCGUCCGGAACAACUUCUCCAGGAGUUUUUGAAUCAAAUCGACGAAUUAGAACCACCAAAACCUGACAAUCUGCGGAGUUUUAUUCCAUUCGGAAACACUGUGGAACAACUCUGCGAACAUCUCGAGGCCGCAGGACUACGACAACACCUUGUCAACCCGCUGCUAAUAAAAUCUCUGGUUGCAAAGAUACCAGACCGCGACAAGCGUGAUUGGAUUCACUAUCAACGAAUCCACGCUUCAGGAGAGCCAACAUUGCGAACACUGACAGAUUUCCUGAUGGAUAUCGUCGAUGAUGCGUGCGAUGUAGAUGUCGACAUGCAACCGGCGCUCCAGCGCAAAGGAGGGGCACAACCGGGAAACAAAAGAGUAAAGGAGAAAGGCGCGUUAUACAGCCACAGCGAAACUGGUACCUCGAUUGCAGGUUCAAGCGACCCGGGAAAACUGAAGCCAUGCAAAAUGUGCGAAAGGACGGAUCAUCGCUUGAGGUAUUGUGAGGACUUCAGGAAAAUCGAUUAUGCCGACCGACUGAAGCUAGCAACCCGUGAAAAUCUCUGCAUCGUAUGCCUAAACGAGCACAGCGGACAGUGCAAGUUCAAAAUCCGCUGUAACGUAGGAGAAUGUAGGGAGCGCCAUAACCCGCUAAUGCAUCCGGUCGGAAAUGUGGUCGGUAUGAGCGCGCAUAUCCGAUCGAAUUCGAAAAUCUUGUUUCGGAUGGUUCCGGUCCAGCUACAGUGGGGUAUUCAAUCGGUAACGGUGCUAGCGUUUCUAGACGAAGGCGCCUCUGUCACGUUAUUAGAGAAAAGAGUAGCUGACCGGCUAGGCAUCGUUGGUGUAAAGGAACGGCUGACGAUUAGAUGGACGGCUGACGUGACACGCGAAGAGAAGGAAUCGAGACGAAUGAAUAUUUGGGUAUCGGGUGUCGGAGUAAGCGCAGGUAACAAGCUUCUGUUACACAAUGUUCGCACGGUAGGAAAGCUGACAUUGCCGUACCAAAAAUUGGACUCCCAGGAACUUAUCGCACAGUUAAAACAUAUGCAGGGUUUGACAAUCGAGUCUUACGAUGGACAGCCGGAGUUGCUCAUUGGGUUGAACAACAUCCAUUCAUUUGCUCCGCUGGAAGCUAAAAUGGGCACACCUGUAGAUCCCAUCGCAGUAAAAUGCAACCUCGGAUGGACGGUUUACGGGCCAAAAAACCCUAUUACAGCUUCAGUGGGUAAUUACCUCGGUUAUCACAAGGAGAUUACCAACGAAGAUCUGCAUGAAUUACUCAGAAGCCACUACGCGCUAGAAGAGUCGGUUGUAAUAGUACCACGGGAAACGGAGGAAGACAGACGGGCACGGAAAAUACUCGAGCACACUACAAAACGAGUCUGCGAGCGUUUCGAAACCGGACUUUUAUGGAAGACCGAUGAUCCACACUUCCCAAACAGUUAUCCCAUGGCAUUGCGACGAUUGAAGCAGCUAGAGAAACGAUUGGAAAAGAAUCCGACAUUAUGCGCGAACGUUAACAUGCAGAUAGACGAGUACCAGCGAAAAGGUUAUGCACACCUAGCUACUGCCGACGAGUUGGCCCAGACUGCACCUGAAAAGGUCUGGUACCUCCCGCUCAACGUCGUCCGAAACCCGAAAAAACCUGAUAAGAUACGGCUUGUAUGGGACGCUGCAGCAACCGUACAAGGAGUCUCACUCAAUUCACAACUGCUUAAAGGGCCAGACUUACUUGUUCCGUUGGUGAAGGUCAUCAUCGGUUUUCGUGAACGACGAAUAGCAUUCGGCGGGGAUCUAAAAGAGAUGUUCCAUCAGCUGAAAAUCCGUGCCGAGGAUAAACAAGCACAGCGUUUCAUCUUCAGAAAGUCUUCAGACGAUCCCCCAAGUGUCUAUGUAAUGGACGUAGCAACAUUUGGCGCGACUAGCUCUCCGUGCUCGGCUCAAUUCGUUAAAAAUCGAAAUGCCGAGGAGCUAGCCGUCCAGUAUCCAAAAGCGGCUGCGGCUAUCAUAAACCGACAUUACGUAGAUGACUACUUCGACAGUACCGACACGGUUGAAGCUGCAGCAAAGCUGGCAACAGAGAUCCGCUUGGUGCACACGAAGGGCGGUUUCGAGAUUCGUAACUGGGUAUCCAACUCACCGGAAUUUCUUAAGUGCCUGGGAGAGGAGAAACCCGUCGCACCGGUACACUUCAACCGCGAUAAGGAAACAUUCCAAGAGCGGGUUCUAGGAGUUAUAUGGAAUCCGGAAACGGAUGAGUUUUCAUUCUCUACACGACAUCGCGAGGAGUUGUUGGAAUACCUGUACGAAGGCAAACGACCAACAAAACGACUGGUCGCAAGCUGUGUGAUGGGAUUCUUUGAUCCACUCGGGUUGCUGUCUCCGUUCACUAGCCACGGCAAAAUUAUUAUUCAGCAUCUGUGGCGUUCGAAAUGCGACUGGGAUCAAGAAAUCGAUUCCGAUUGCUGGGACCUAUGGAAGCGCUGGACCGAUCUCCUGUCUGAUGUGGAAGCAAUACGGAUACCACGUUGUUACAUCGGCGAGGCCAAAACCGACGAAAUUGAGUCGUUGGAGGUACACAUCUUUACCGAUGCCAGCGACCUUGCGUACGGUUGCGCGGCGUAUUUGCGUGUGGUCGCUCGAGGUGUAGUACGAUGCAGUCUUAUUAUGUCUAGAGCAAAGAUAGCACCUCUGAAACGCCAGUCAAUUCCCCGUUUGGAGCUGAUGGGUGCGGUUUUGGGGGCUCGGCUAUCACAAACAAUCUUGAGCACACACACCCAUAAGAUCGCUCGUACUGUUUUCUGGACAGAUUCUCGUACCGUGUGCAGUUGGCUUCGUUCAGACCAACACAAAUAUAAACAGUUUGUUGCAUUCCGAGUAGGAGAAAUUUGGGAGCUUACGAAUGUGAAAGACUGGCGAUGGAUCCCGACAAAACUCAACAUUGCGGAUGUGCUAACUAAGUGGGGACAAGGCCCACCACUGCAAAGCGAUGGAGAGUGGUUUACCGGAAUAGCGUUUUUGUACCUUCCGCAAUACCAAUGGCCGUCGGAAGAGGCCACGUUUGACGAAACAGAAGAGGAAGUAAGAGGUGCUAUCUUGUUCCACGGAUUGAUCGACGCCGAGGUGGUUUCCCGCUGGACGAGACUGCUGAGGGUGACAGCGAGUGUUAUUCGUUUUGUUGCUAAUUGUCGACGCAAGCAAAAAGGUGAGCCAAUAAUGACAUCACAAGCUACGGCAAAGCAACAAAAGAUGAUCGAUAGAAUUGUAAUGAAGUGUGCGACGGUACAGGGACCACUUACAAAAGAAGAAUUCCAGCAAGCUGAAGUACUUCUAUGGCGGCAGGUCCAGUGGGACAGUUUCCCGGAUGAAAUGAGUGCGCUCUCCAACAAUUUAAAACGUCAACCGGGUGAGCCAUUAGAAGCCGUGAAAAAGGGAAGCUGUAUCUACAAGAGCUCUCCAAUCUUGGAUGAAGAAGGUGUGCUGCGGAUGGAUGGCAGAAUGACGAAUGCGAAUGAGUGUUCUUUCGACAAAAGGCAUCCAAUAAUUCUGUCGCGUUCACACGAAAUCACGCAGAAAUUGAUUCAGCAUCACCACGAGGAGUUUGGACACGCAAAUUCGGAGACCGUCUUCAAUGAAAUGCGACAGCGGUUCCAGAUCCCUAAGCUGCGGCCAGCUAUCAAAAGUGUGGUGAAGAGAUGCGUUUGGUGCAAAGUAAACAAGUGCCGUCCACGAGCUCCAAGGAUGGCCCCACUGCCCGUAGAACGAGUAAGUUCUAGCAUGCGGCCAUUUAGUUCUGUGGGCAUCGACUACCUUGGUCCGCUCGAGGUGAUGAUUGGUCGACGGAAGGAAAAGCGUUGGGUGGCUAUAUUUACUUGUUUGGCAGUACGCGCGGUGCAUUUGGAGGUGGUUCACAGUCUCACCACCGAAUCAUGUCGGAUGGCUAUCAGUCGUUUCCGCAGCAGGUUUGGCAAGCCGAAUCACAUUUUCUCAGAUAAUGCAACCUGUUUUCGAGGUACAAACAACGAGGUAGUGAAAUGGAGAAGAUAA